AUGAUACCGAGUUUUCUACUUCUCGUCCCCCUCGUUGGGGGUAUGGUUAUCAACCCCAGGACUAGUGAGCAGGAGUGCCCUGGGUAUAUAGCGUCCAAUGUUCAAGAGUCAGCAAACUCUCUGACCGCGGACUUGUCCCUUGCUGGGAAGCCCUGUAAUACGUAUGGCACCGACUUGGACAACCUGAAGCUUCUCGUGGAAUAUCAGACCGACGAGCGUCUUCAUGUUAUAAUCUACGAUGCCGAUGAAGAAGUUUAUCAAGUCCCAGAAUCCGUUCUUCCACGGCCAGGAAACGAAGGUGGCUCGCGUGAGACAUCUGCACUCAAAUUCAGCUACAAGACAAAUCCCUUUUCGUUUUCCGUCUCCAGAGAUGACGAGGUAUUGUUCGAUACUUCUGCGUCAAAUCUCAUUUUCCAGUCUCAGUAUUUGAACCUUCGUACUUGGCUGCCCGAUGAUCCAAACCUCUACGGGCUUGGGGAACAGAGUGACAGUCUGCGUCUGCAAACAACCAACUAG